GCCCCGGCGGAGACGGGAGCCGAGCCCGCGGCAGACGCAGCCGUGCCGCGCCAUGGCCGGCCGCCGCCUCCUGGGGCUGCUGCUGGCCUUCGCCGCGCUGCUGGGCGCAGGUCACGGGGAUGACACAGAUGACUUCAGCCUAGAGGAUGCCCUGUUUGACCCCGUCACCAGGAGACCCACUCCCAAGGGUCCCAGGAAGCCAGCAGGUGGGACAGACUUGGAUCUGGCUGAUUUCUUUGACACGCCUGCGGAGACAACCACCAAGCCAGCCAAGCCCACUCCCAAGCCCUUCCCCAGGCCAGGGAAGCCAGACAACAGCCUUUGGGAUGUCAUUCGCACCACCACGACCAAGCAGCCAAAAACUACAAGAGCCCCUCCUAAGCGUAACCCAGAAAAGGAUCCUAUGGAUUUUGACUUGGCUGAUGCCCUUGAUGAUAAGAACGAUAGGAAAGAUCCUGGGAGGCCAGAUGUAAGGCCAGGUGAAGGAUUUUCAGAUGAUGACCUGGCCAGCAUCGUGGAUGGUGGCUACAGCCCAGACAAGAAGAAGGGUGCCAGUGGCAACACGGACAACAACGACUACAGCGGAGUGGCCGAGACGGGGACAAUCGCCGGCAUCGCCAGCGGCCUGGCCAUGGCGCUCAUCGGGGCUGUCUCCAGCUACAUCUCCUACCAGCAGAAGAAGUUCUGCUUCAGCAUCCAGCAGGGACUGAAUGCCGAGUACGUGAAGGGAGAAAACAUGGAAGCUGUCGUGAGCGAGGAACCCCAGGCUUUCAGGUAGACAUGACUUCCAGAAGGCCUUGCCAGGAGGUGAAUGAGCCCAGGAGCAUCGCUGUCUAACAGCUCCAUUUGGAAUGAAAUGGCCUAGUAACUUGGUUAAGUAUUUUGCAAUAGCUGCACAAUUCUUUAUGCUCUUUUGAACACUUGCAUUUUUAAAGCCUUAUACUAGCUCUGGCAGAACAGCUACAGUGGUUUAUAAGGUGCCUCACAACUAUUCAGAAUGCUUAGGCUACAAGAAAACUACUCUGAACUACUGCUGCUUUGUUUUAUGAAUGUUUGGAAUAGGAAAGAAAUGUUAAUUAUUGGCUCAGAUAAUGGAAGCAUAGGAAAGAGAUGGGAUGCACUGUUUGCUUACUCCCAGAGAAGGUUUUCAUGGAGGAAGUGUGCUCUGCAGAAUCUGCAGCAGGAGCUCAGGUGCCAUUGAAGCCACACAGCUGAGUUUGUGUAUCUCCAGUCCCAAGCACCAGCACUUGUUUUUUGUUCUUAGCCAAACACAUUAGAAAUCUGUAGCAUGAAAUGUGUUUUCUGUAAGUUAUUGUAGAUGAAUUGUUACAGCAGGGCACUGAUGAUCACUAGAAGCUGUUUGCCCAGCUUAGAUGUAGUGCCCAUAACUCCUCCUGUCCCUUUGCCAGUGACUGUCAAUAGUCAGUGUGGUUUAAAGAGUACAGCACCUACCCCUCCCUUGGGGAACUCUUCCACUAGGCACAGAGGGAGCACAACUCUAAUUCAAAACACUACAGGGUCACAGAAUAAACAAGGAAAAGGCAGCAAGGUGUUUCACUGAAACCCCAGGUUUUGGGACUCAGAAGCUGCUGCUUUGCUCAAGGCUCUUCUAUAACGCUGGUGACUACUUAAAAGUUAGUGUAGUGUGUAGGUGUGUGGAAAUCCAUAAAUGCACAGUCAAAGAGAACACUUCCAAAGUGAACAGUGACAGAACUCAAGAUUUCUUUCUCUAGGAUUUCAAAUAGGAAAACACUUGCAAAUUCUGCAGUAGAGAAAUUAGGCUUGGCUUUCUCUUCAAAACUGAGCAAAAGUCAAGAGUCUUAGUGGUAAAUGUCAGCAAAGGCUCAAAUGAUUUUUUAUUGCUGUUUGUCCCCUCUUCCAUCUGAACUGCCACCAGUCUCUGAAAAACAGGGAGUUAUAUCAUCUAUAUUUUAGUCAUUAUAGCAACUGAGAGGUUUCCUGUGUAUUCUCCUGGUAGUGAUCCAAGUUCUGGGACAGCUGACCCAGCACUGACCUGUACUUUCAUUUAAUUACUAUUUAUUCAUUUUAAAUUGGGAUAUGGAUUUUUUAAAAAUCCUGCAUUUAAGCUCUGUAUACAUGACAUGAACUUUCUUGUCCUUUUUAAUAAAGGCAAUAAACCACUAGAAAAUUGGUUUGCUUUUUUUUCAUGAGUCCAAAACCUAUAUAUAGACGUCCUGAGAGUUUUUGUACUAUGUAUGUUGUGAGCUUUUUUCUUAUGACACCUCACUUCUAAAGUUAUUUUAAAUGGCAAUAAAAUGAUUCAGAAAAGGUUUGUCAAAGGUUUGACAGAGAAAAGAGAGAAUUGAAAGAAUUCAGCUGGCUCUUUUCCUGUUUUUUCUUUCAAUUACUUGCAUUUUUCUUUGGCAGUACUUUGUUUCAGAUUCCUCAGCUGAGAAUACUCUGACACAAAUUUCACAUCUUUCUGGCACUAUAAACUCAGUCAUUUUCAAGCAACCCCACUAACGAACCCUUACAAGUGCUCCACUGUCAUCCUUAACUACUCAUUUGUUGUGAUAAAAGUGGAAUUAGUCCAUAAUACUGCUUCAGAUUCUGAAAAAGGAUGAGUUGGCAGGCUGAGCUUUAAAAAUUGCUUCUCUAACAGAUGAGGUUGAGGAACAAAUGAAGUUCAGAAACAACAGGGCUGUGAAAUUAGAGAACUCUUUCUUUUGAGUGAAGUUCUAACUUAGAAGCAAGACAGAUUCCUUGCUGCUGAAGAAGUGACCUGUACCAAAGGAAGGUUGAAUGUUACUGUAACAAAAUACAUUUUGUUAACCUGUAUGUAAGGGUCAUGGGGGGAUAAAAACCAGAAUUUAACUACCUUUGAAAACACCAAAUAAACCAAGUUGACUAGAAA